AUGACCAAGAUAGCGUCAAAAUCCUCAUCCCCAAAUCAGGGACUCCCGGUCCCCAGUGGCAAAGGCAGCAGGCUUGGUGAUUGGCUGCGCGAAUCCAGCUUGGGCUUUGGCUUAGGUGCAUCCCCACAGAGCCAGGAGCGGCGACAGCAUGGCCAGGGCCAGGCCCGCCCGACACCCCUCCUGCCCUCCUGUUCGAAGAAACAUAAUCAUCUUUUGCUUUCCACUCUCCGAUCCCCCCCUUUACUGCAGAACAUACCACUGCUAGCCCUGGCCGUCGCGCCCGUCCGCUCGAUGAGGGGCAGAUUUGGUCGUAAUGCAAAAUCUAAACAGCGUCAUACUUCACCCCAAAACCACUACUUCGCAAAACUCAUCAAUAUGUCUUCUGCCGAAGCUACCGAGCCCAAGGUCGAGGAGACCAAGCCCGUCGAGGUACGAUCACCCCUUUGUCGCACGCGCACUCGCUCCCCCGCCCUCGUCAUGUUCUCAUACGAAGAUAAUUUAAAGCUCACCGCAUCUCACGGGUUCUCCACUACCGGCGAGGCUGAGAAGCCUGUGACCUCCUCUUCCGUUUUCUCUAUGUUCGGAGGUGGUGCCAAGAAGGAGAAGAAGGAGGACGAGGACCGCGGUGACAACUCUGGCAGCGCAAAGGCCCAGCGCGAUGCCGCAAAGAAGGACGGCGAGGAGGAUGAAGCCCCCGAGUCCGAAGAUGUCCACUUCGAGCCCGUCAUCAAGCUGACGGAGAAGGUCGACGUCGCCACCAACGAGGAGGCCGAGGAGCAGCUUUUCAAGAUGCGCGCCAAGCUUUUCAAGUUCGUCAAGGAGACCACUGAGUGGAAGGAGCGCGGCACUGGUGAUGUCCGCUUGCUCAAGCACAAGGAGAACGGCAAGACCCGUCUCGUCAUGCGCCGUGACAAGACCCUCAAGGUCUGCGCCAACCACUACAUCGUUCCUGAGAUGAAGCUGUCCCCCAACGUCGGUUCCGAUCGCAGCUGGGUGUGGAACGCCGCCGCCGAUGUUAGCGAGGGUGAGGCUGAGGCCGUUACCCUGGCCAUCCGCUUCGCCAACUCUGAAAACGCAAACCUCUUCAAGGACUCUUUCCUGAAGGCCCAGAAGGACAACGAGGAGCUUUUCAAGGCCGCUGAGGGCGAGCCCCCCGCCGCCCCCGCUGCCCAGCACGCCGGGCUGUCAUCGAAACGGCCCGACUCCCCUGCAACAACACCGAAACUAGCACCAUUGUCAAACUUGUUUUUACACCCCCCGAUACGAGGCAGGCUGGAUCACUUCGGUGAGGAGAAGCUGAAGAGUGCAAGAAAGACUUGCACCGAGUGGUUCCUUGCUUCCUUCCCCGCAACACGCAACACGCUUGCACGCGGUAAGCUUUCCAGCCACACCCUGGGUGUCUGCAUGGCCCGAGCGUCACCCUCAGCCUUCCAGUCCCAAACCUCCAAAUCCCAACUGACCUCCCCCCUCUCCGAACCCGACACCCUGCUUGACCCCUAUCCUGCGUUGAUACAGCAGCUCAUCAUGAUUGUCGAGGUAAGAUACUGCGAUCAAUCCUUCCGCUCCUCCCAGCGCGCUUCGUCGCGUCGAUUUGCGACAUCACCAUCACCAGCUCGCCCUAUCCAAACGCCAUGCUCGUUGACAGCAGCCUGGAGGAUGAAUACUGCGUAUUCUUCACCCAAUCGACCUGAUCUUGGCAUACCAUACCCUUUGUUCACCUUCCUCCUCCCCAACUUCAACGGGGACCCAGCUACACCUUCACUUGUAAACACCCCUUCUACCAUAGCGCCAGCGCCUAAUCUUUAUCUCCUCAUCUCUAGCGACAAGCCGUCCCCCGUCGAGGAUUUCCCCAUGCGGAAAUGGUCGAUCAACGUCUACAUCAUCGGCGAGGAUGGUGAGGAGCACCCGGCCGACUGCUUCCUCAAGGUCGUCUACAACCUCCAUCCUUCCUUUGAGAACCCGACCCAAACCUUCAACAAGCCUCCUUUCCGUUGUGAAAACGAGGGAUGGGGUGAAUUCGAUAUGACGAUCGAUUGCUACAUUACCGAAAAGUCGAAGCAGUCCCUCAGCCACGACCUCAACUUCGCUAAGAACCGCUACGAGGCCGAGCAUACCGUUUCCUUCAAGAACCCCUCGCAGGCCCUGCAGCUAAUUUUGCGCGAAACCGGCCCCUUGCCAUCAGACGAUGACCGCCUCAAGAAGAAGGGUGGCGCUGGUAAGAAGGGUGCCCAGAAGUACGACUAUGAAAAGAUUGCCCAGGCGCUUGAGAAGCUGGAUGAGGAUGACCUGCUCCGCGUCAUUCAGAUCAUCAACGAUAACAAGACAGCGGAGACAUACAUCAAGAGUGAUGUCGAUGGUGAGCUUGCGCCUGCUUCCCCUGGUGUCGAUCUCUUGGCCGCGGGAGAGUUUUCCAUUGAUCUGUAUACGAUGUCGGAUCAGAUGACCAAGCUCCUGUGGGACUACUUGCACUGGCCUUUGCGCGCAAUAUCUAUGGGACUGCAUGGGCUUCGGAAGUGGGCUGGGCUGGAUAUAUAUGACCGGCCGCUGACCUCACAAAAGAGCAAGAAGGGCCUUGUCACUUUCCCCGCGACCGAAUCGAGCACGAGUCGGGCAGACGAAUCGACAUGA